AUGUCACUGCGCGGUGGCCGCGGGCUGGCGGCCAUCUCCCCUCUGCCCUCCCCGGGCACAGCCGCGCUCACGCCGCUGUCACUGGAUAGGGCUGACCCGGCGGUCCCGGACAGGUACCAGGACACCCCUCAGAGGGGACGCGGGGCGCUGCCCCUCCCACGGCUGUGGCACACGCUGUCCCCGGAGCCGCUGGCCUCGGACUGCCCCGGGGACUCGGUGUCCUCGCAGCCCACGGAUCCAGGUGAGGGACUGCGGCUGCUCCGCCCCACAGCCGUCCCCAACCGCUGCUGGCUCUGGGGUCGUGCCGAAGGUGUGGGAGGGGGGUCCGAGGGGCUCGAGGCUUUUUGGGGAGUGAUGGGCAGGAGCCCGUGCCUGCGGUCCCUGGGGCUCAGCCAGGAGCCGCUCCGCUGGGGACCCUGCUCGGGCUUCCAGAAAAUGAUGCCGAACUCUGGGAGACGUCUCAAAGACAGGAAGCUCCUUGGCCAGAGGAUGCACUCCUUGCCGCAGAAGUGUCAGCUGGAAGCCAGACCGGUCCUGAAGGACAUCUCCCAGCUCCAGGUGCGCAGGGACAGAGUGCAGCAGCGCCAGACGGAGCCCGAGGAUGAGGGGGGCUUUGGCCCCAAAAAGCUGCAGAGGCCGGGCCAGCGGGACCGGCUGCCCGCCGGCCAUGGGGCUGCCAGGAGGAACCUUCUUGCCAAGAGCCCUUCCCGCACACCAGAACUGCUGGAUCUCCUCUGCUUCUCCCCCAAGUCCCCCCAGCUGGUGCUCUGGCAGAGCGAUGCCACCAUGUGCCAGGGGAUGGAGAACGGGCUGACCACGCCAGUGAUGAAGAAGGAGGAGGCAAAGCUGCGUGCGGGGAAGCGCAGCCAGUGCCGGCAGCUCUUCCGCUCGUCCUGGCUGCCCGGCAGUGUCCCCAGGCCCGUCCUGAAGCGGGGACAGCCCUCGCACAGGGGCACCCCUGUCAAGGCUAAGAAGCAGAAGAGGGUGUCUGGCAGUCCUGACCAGGAGGCGUCGGUGCAGUUGGGAGUGGGGCUGGAGCCUUCCAGAUCCGCCCAGCUUGAGGAGAUGGAGAAAGUGCUGGCCAGCGAUGAGCAGGAGCUCAUUGGGGACUUCUCCAUGCCUCACCUCCUGCCGACGGUGGAAGGGAAGGACCCAAGCCUGAAGUACAUCUCCCCUGGCACGCUGGUGGCAGUGCUGACGGGGCACUUCAGCAGCUUCCUCGAGAGCAGCAUCGUGGUGGACUGCCGGUACCCCUACGAAUACGAGGGGGGCCACAUCACGGGUGCUGUCAACCUGCCGCUGCAGCGGGAUGUGGAGGAAUUCCUGCUGGAGCAGCCCAGUGUGGCGCUGGACAGCAGCAAGAGGGUGAUCGUCAUCUUCCACUGCGAGUUCUCUGUUGAAAGGGGCCCCAAAAUGUGCAAGUUCCUGCGGGAGAGGGAUCGGUCCUGCCACGAGUACCCGCAGCUGCAGUACCCUGAGCUCUACGUCUUGAACGGGGGGUACCGCGAGUUCUUCUUCCAGUUCCCGAGCCACUGCGAGCCCCGGGACUAUCGGCCCAUGGCGCACCCGGCGUUCAAGGAGGAGCUGCGCAAAUUCCGCGGGCAGAGCCGGCGCGGCCGGCGGGAGCUCUUGGUCCGCGGGCGGGACCUGUGA